AUGCAGCAGCCAUCACAACAACAGAUUCAACCAAUCGAUUCCUUGUCGCCAUUCCUUGGCGGCAAGUGGUGGAUUCGCGCUCGCGUGACGGACAAGUCUGAAAUACGAACGUGGAAUAAACCAACCUCACAGGGGAAGCUGUUUUCUUUUACGCUCAUUGACGAGUCUGCUUCUAUCCGAGCGACGGUAUUCAAUGAGGCCGUCGACAUGUUCAAUCCCCUCAUAGUGAACGGACAGGUUUACUACUUUAGUGGGGGUCAGGUAAAAAAUGCCAACCGUAAGUUCAGUAAUGUGAAUAAUGACUACGAGUUGAGCUUUGACAACACCUGUCAAAUAUCAGCAGCAAGGGAUGUCGUUAGCUCGUCGAUUCCCCUACAGCGGUAUAACUUUGUGCCAAUUGCCAUCCUCAAGCAACGAGAAGUCGGUUCUUUAGUCGACGUGCUGGCUGUUGUGUUGAAUGUGGAGGAAUUGGGCACCAUCGUACAGAGAUCAACUGGUCGUGAGUUGGUCAGACGCACCGUGAAGGUUGCCGAUUCCACCGCGGGGAUUGACGUCACCCUGUGGAACGAAAACGCCAAAGAGUGGCCACAUCAACCUGGCACCGUACUGGCAAUGCGGCAACUUAAGGUGGGGAGUUUUGAUGGUGUAACGCUCUCCACAACAAUGCAGUCAUCGUUUGAUGUUAAUCCAAACAUCCCUGACGUGAAGAAGCUUCGUGAAUGGUUUGAAUCUACGGGUGGACGGGACGUCAGUUCACUUUCAAUGCAGGGAAAUAAUGCUUUGGGGCUCGCGAGCAGUGGAGAAACCUACCGCGGCUACAAGUACAUUGAUGACAUAACGACUGAGGGGCUCGGAAAAGGCCCGAAGCCGGACUACAUCGAUUUGCGUUGCGUUCCUGUUUACCUCAAACAGGAUACACAGUGGUACGAUGCCUGUCCACAAUGCAACAAGAAAGUGAUGCUCGAAGGGGCAAUGGGUGAUCGCUUCCGUUGUGAGAAAUGUGACCAAUCUAUUGUACCAACACAACGGUACUUGGUGUCUAUUCAAGUCACAGAUAACGUUUCGCAGGUGUGGCUCACGCUCUUUAAUGAGUCGGGAGCCGAGUUCUUUGGCAUGACGGCUCCUGAACUAAAAAGACGUCAGGAGGAGGAUCCCAUGUUUGUGACAAAAGUGGCCCAGAUGCGCAUGAACCGUCCUGUGCUCAUGCGUCUUCGUGUGAAGGAGGAGGGUCUCGGUGGCAAUGAAGAUUCGGAAAGGGUGCGCUUAAAUGUUGUGCGCAUUACGGAGUUUAUGCCGCUGGACACCGUGACGGAGGAUAAGCGACAAGCCAUGGCGGCACAACUGCGGCAGGAGUGCGACGAAAUGAUUAAAUGCAUUAAUGCCUACUUGUAA